GGGGCUAAGGUCUGGGGGUAGGACUAAGAGCUGGGAGUAGAUCUGGAGAGGAACUAGGGAUGGGACUGAGGGCUGGGCCUGAGCGGCCGAGCUAAGGUUUAGGCCUGAGAGAAAGAGGUGGUACGAAGGCUAAAAGGUGGGACAAAGAGGGUCUUGGAAGGAGCUGCAAGGCCCCGGAUGAAGAGCGCGGCUGAAGCUUAGAUUUGGGCUAAGACAACACAGAGCCAGGGGAGGGUGGAGGGGGGGAUUGGGCAAGCAUGAGGCGGAGUUAAGGGCUGGAUUGGGGCGAACCUGAGAUUGGGGUUUACGGCUGGCUCGACCAAGCUGAGGUUCAGGAUUGGACUUCUGCGAGGAAGAGUCUUGUAGAGACGAGAACUGGGCUGAGAGCGAUGUGGGUCAGGACGACAUUGAGGAUUGAAAGGUGGACUAAGGAAAAGACUGAGGACAAUGCCAGCAUCUGGGAUGAGAGCAGCACUGAUGUAAACAGGUUACCGGGCUGGGAGAGAGGACAUCUGCUGGCUGGUGUGCCUUCUAGUACUGAUGCAUCUACCUUCUCCUCUGAAGGUGAAUUCAAAGACCUGGACAGGUGCUGCUGGAAACACAAACAGUGCACUGGGCAUGUCAUCCACCCCUUCCCCUCGGACUAUGGCCACCACGACCUGCACCUGCACUCCAUCAGCCACUGCGACUGCGAGUCUAGGCUGAAGGACUGCUCAGAGAAGACAAAUAGCGACAACUCCCAAGAUGUGGGCCCAACCUGCUCCCGAGAUGAGGGUCCAACAUGUUUCAACAUCAUCCAGUCCCCUUGCUUUGAGCUCAUCCCAGAGGAGGAGUGUGUGGAGCGGUUCUGGUAUGGCUGGUGCAAAAGCUAUAGGCCUGUCUCUGUGGCAGUGAUCCACCAUCCCAUCCAUCAUGACUAUGUGGCAGAUGACUUGAACGAAGAAGAGGAGGAGGAAGAGGAGGAAGAAAGCAAGCCUCCCAUUCCCACCCAGGUGGGGCCUGCCACCACUGCCCCCGCUGACACAGGCCUGGGCACUGUCACAACUACCCCGGACUCGGCAGCUCCCAUCACUAUCUGGCGCUCCGAGAGCCCCACAGGGAAGUCCCAGGGCAACAAGGUGAUCAAGAAGGUAAAGAAGAAAAAAGAAAAGGAGAAAGACAAGGAAGAGGAGCUGGAUGAGAAGCCAAAGCCGAAGAAAAAAGUCAAGAAGGGCAAGUUGCUGAAGAAGAAAAGCCCGGUUAAAUCGGAAUCUUCACCUCCGGACUUGAACCGAUCAAUAAGCCCCAGAGAGCUGACCAGGAUGUCAGAGUCCAGCCCAGACAGCCGGGAAGACCUGGAGAGUGAGGACAGUUACAAUGACCCCCGGCGGGAGGAGCCCUCCAGUGACGAUAUCGUGGAGUCUUCCUCACCCAGGAAGAGAGAGAAGAACACGGUCCAGACUAAGAAAGCUGGGGCAAAGACCUCACCAGUCAAGAAGGUCAAGAGGAAAUCUCCCCCAGGAUCCAACCCCAAUCUCAGUUGAGGCGAGGGCGUCCAGUGUGAAGAAUAAAUGCGAUCAAGCCUGUAGCUGA